AUCAUUUCAGUUUCGGGAUAUUUUCUACGUUGAAUUAUUCCUUUCUUCUCCGCGAUCGAUUCUCAAAAGCCUGCGCCGGGCUCCUGCUUACGCAAUUGACGGAUCUGAUAACUAAUUAGAUACUAGAAUGCCUCGUUCCACGGGCGCUUCUACAAUAGGUCUCGACCAAAAAUUGGCCGAGUCAGACGUGGAUACUGCAUAUGAUAAGUCUCUACAGAAGGAUGACUCACAUGUCGAAUCCCUCCCAUACUGGCUUGUCAACGUUCCUCGUUCUCAAUGGCCUGCGGAAUGUCCCAGUUUCCUACGAGACCUGCCGCUCAAAUCGAUAGAGACCUUGUCGACCCCGGACGAGCUUUAUGAGAGGCAAAGCUGGGAAAUCGUGAAGGAUAUAAUAAGGACAAACAGAAUCGAUCGUUUCCGCCGUGUUCCUAGCGAUCUGCGAAAAUACCUCGAAUACACAGAGAACAUAAAAGCCAAGUAUGGGUCAGUGAUGAAAUUUGUUGUCAAAGAGAGGCUACAUUGGGGCGAUGGAAAUCCGGAGGAUCUGAAGCCGAAGGGGAAACCAUUCGAGUACAACGAGGACAUGAAGAUCCUGUACAACGACUGGCCGUAUGGAGUGGACAAGGAUAUCAUCCACUUAGUUGUAUGGGUAAAGUUCGAACUGGAAGACGAUCCUGCUACCGAUGACUUGACGCCAAGGGCGCGCAAGGAGAUCGAUGACUAUGUGAGAAGCACAUUCUGUUCGCGGAUGCCAGCUGAAAACGUUAUCUGGUUCAAAAACUGGAAGUCGCUCAAGUCAGUGCAUGCAGUUGAGCACUUCCAUGUAAUGCUCAACCAUCCUGAUAUGGGGUUUGUGGAAGAAAUCACCCAGGGCGACGUGCCGCUGAUCAAGCAAGUAUGACAUCGCCCCGGGAACCUGGCAUGUUUAUGCCGAAAUUCAUGGACUUGUCAUAUUUUCUCCCUGCACGGUUCAUAUUGGCCAAAGUUCUUUUAAGAUAAAUCAAAGGCAAUGGUUUGUGCUACCAUUGCCCGAAGCUUCUGCGGUGGAUCGGUCGUGACCGCCACGGGAGCAUACACUGCAUGAAACACCAUAUCGGUCGGGAUAGAUAUAUAUAUAUGGAAUAGACACGCAUAAUGCAUGCCUAUAUUGAUGGAGCUUACUCUGCGAUCCGUCGUAGCAUUGCGG